GUGGCGAAAUGGAUCCGCGAUCAGUUGGUUAGGGUUUUUGCCGGAGGUGAAAGGUUGUAAACACGACAAUGAUCAUAGUUAGUGAUUAGUGAAUUUUGACCCGCUUAGCCUCGAUUUGGAUGUUAUAUCAUUGUCUAGUGAAAUGCAAAUUAUUGAUACCGGACUUUAAAAUGGAACGAACCAGUAAAGUGUAUCAUGCAACGAGAAAUUUCAUGUUCAAGUAUUUCCUGGCGUUCACAUGGAUCGGAUUCAAUUUUGUGGUGUUUUGCAAAGCUUUUUCCCAUUACCACCAUGACCCGGAGUACUACUAUCUCAGUAAGAUUCUAGGUAAUGGCCUCUGCAUAUCCCGCGGUACGGCGCCGAUACUCAAUUUGACCAUGGCCAUAAUAACACUGCCUGUCUCACGCUCCUUUAAUGUUCUCCUGAAUGCUCUGUUCGGUCGAUGGUCUAUCCGAGCGCUCGUGUUCUACUUGGAGAAAAUUAAAGUAUUGCACCUUUUCCUCGGUACUGGGCUGAUAAUUGUGGGUGUUAUUCAUAGCAUAGCACAUUUCAUCAAUAUCGUCAACUUCGUGGAUAAUUACGAUGCACAGUUUGACGCCAUCAAUUGGGCCACUGGUAUGGAUGACAGUAAGUUGCGCCUCCUGGUGGCAACACCCACGGGAUUUUCCGGCUGCGUGAUGCUGGUGACGCUGUUCGCAAUAGCCUAUUUCUCGAGUCGACAGAUGCGCGAUCGGUUCUACAACAGCUUCCUGGCAUCGCAUCAUCUUUUCCUGGUGUUCUACGGAAUGAUGUUCUACCAUCCGCUCAGCAACAUCAUCAAACAUCAAACAAAUCUGAAGGCGCACCCGAAUGGUUGCGAUAUUAUCGAUGACCAUGUGUUCAGGAAUGAUUCAGUUCUGCAAGCCAUUUGCAGCGAGGAACCAAAGUUCAGUGCCGGAGACAAAUCGCUCGCUUCAUCUGCCUCCCAGCACCCAGAAAGCAGCCCCUUCAGCGUGAUGAAAAUAGAAUGUAAAACCCAGGCGUGGAUUUGGCCACUAACGGGACUAUCGAUCUACAUUCUCGACAUAAUCAUCCGAUACCUCACCGCACACUCGGACAGGCGAAAAGUAUCCACUUUGCAGUCGUACGUCCUACCAGCUAACGGAGUAUAUCUACGCCUGCGAUUCACCAGUAGUAAGCGCAUUGUGAUAUCCGCAGGCCAGUACGUCCUCUUACAGUGUCCAGCCAUUUCGACCCUUGAGUGGCACCCGUUUACAGUCGUUGACUUCCCAACAGCAAUCCACAAUACGGUUUCGCUAACCGUUGCAGUUAGGGGCGACUGGACUCAACGAUUGUAUGACCUUGUUUCGGAAAAGGAACGUCUGAAACAGAGCGGAGCCGGACAUAACGCUCUUGGGAGACUACAAUUUCUGUUGGACGGCCCUUACCCAUCGGCGAUGACCGGUAUGCUGAAGUGCAAGCGAAUAGUCUACAUAGGAGCAGGCGUCGGUAUUACACCGUUUGCGGGCUUUGUCCGCCAUCUGUUAAACUUUAACACUGAUCGACCUUCUAGAAUCCACCUCAUCUGGAUUGUGAGAAAAGCUGAAAUGUUCACCUGGUUUGCAGACGAGUUGAAAAGGCUUCAAGAAAGGUUUUGGAAGCAGAACAAACCAGAUAGAUUUACGUUGAAGCUGUUUCUAACUCGAAACUACAAUGUCAAUGUUAUAGAUGAGUAUUUUGGAGAUUACCCCACGCUCAAGGCACGCAUCAACAAAGGCCGUCCAAAUUGGGAUGAAGUUUUUCUGGAUUUAGCAGCUUUAUACGCUGGGAAAUCUGUGACCGUGUUCAGUUGUGGUCCCAAAGGUAUGACCAAGGAGCUUAAAGGCAUGUGCAGAGAAUACCGGAAGCAUGCGUGCAAGUUUACGUACUUACAUGAAGGUUUUGGAUAACAAUAUUAAGUGACCCACCUUGGUUGACAACAUUUGAAGGAACUCAGGAUAUAUGAAAGUAUUCUUCUUACUAUUCCUUGCUGGACUAUUUAAUAAACCACUCAACAGAAACUGUAUCUUAUUAUUAUUUAUUCUUUCUUUUCUUAGGCUCGAGUGCCGUCAGAUAUAAUGGAAUAAAUGUAAUUUGAUUUUGUUUCA